AGCAGUGUUAGGCAUGGUACAAGGAGCAGAGGCCAGGAUGAAGGGAAACGAAGCAGAAACGGUGAAGGUGGUGGUGAGAUGCCGGCCCAUGAACGAGCAGGAGACUGCCAAUGGGUACAAAAGGGUGGUGGACAUGGACGUUGACAGAGGAGUGGUGGAGAUCAGCAAUGUCAAAGGUGCAGAGACUGAUCCAAAGAAGACCUUCACCUUCGAUGCUGUCUAUGACUGGAAUUCCAAGCAGCUGGAGCUUUAUGAUGAAACAUUCCGACCCCUGGUUGACUCAGUCCUCAAUGGGUUCAAUGGUACAAUCUUUGCUUAUGGCCAGACAGGGACAGGGAAAACUUAUACCAUGGAAGGUGUACGGGAUGAUCCUGAGCAACGAGGGGUGAUACCAAACUCAUUUGAACACAUUUUUAAUCACAUUGCUCGGAGUAGUAAUCAACAAUACCUCAUUCGUUCAUCCUACCUUGAAAUAUACCAGGAAGAAAUUAGAGACUUACUGGGGAAGGACCAGAAAAAACGUCUGGAGCUGAAGGAGAGACCAGACACGGGUGUUUAUGUGAAGGAUCUCCAACAGUUUGUUUGUAAAAGCGUCAAUGAGAUCCAGCAUGUCAUGACUGUGGGAAACCAGAACAGAGCUGUGGGGUGAGCAGAGGAGGAUAUUUUUUCUUGU